AGAGACACAGAGACAGAGACAGAGACAGAGACAGAGACACAGAGACAGAGACACAGAGACAGAGACACAGAGACGUCUGAUGGUUGAACAUGAACAUGAACAUGAACAUGAACAUGACGUCCUCCAUAGACGACCUCAUGACGCACAUGACCACAGAGGACCCGGACUCGUUCAGCCCAUCCCCUACAGAUGACUAUGAAUACGAUUUACAAGACUUCAUGUGCGACCGGGAGCAGGUGCGAGUGUUCAGGAGCCGCUACGAGCCGCCACUCUUCUGGAUCAUCGCCCUUGUGGGCGGAGCUGGGAACCUGGCUGUGGUGUGGAUCUACCUGAACUUCCGGCGGCGUCUGAAGACGAUGACAGACGUGUACCUGCUCAACCUGGCGGUGGCCGACCUGCUCUUCCUGGUCACGCUGCCACUGUGGGCGGCUGAGGCGUCGUACAGCUGGAUCUUUGGCUCCACCCUCUGCAAGCUGAACUCCGCCCUCUACAAGGUGAACCUCUUCAGCAGCAUGAUGCUGCUCACCUGCAUCAGCGUCGACCGCUACAUUGUCAUUGUGCAGACAACCAAAGCGCAGAACUCUCAGUUGGAACGCCGCCGCUGCAGCCGGCUGGUAUGUGCGGGGGUGUGGCUUCUGGCGCUGCUGCUCGCCAUCCCUGAGUUUGUGUUUGCAGCGCCCGCCAGGGUGGACACCCAUGACUACUGCAGGAUGGUGUUCCCACCCCACCUGGGGAACCGCACCAAGAUCCUGGUGCUGUCGCUGCAGGUGAGCAUGGGCUUCUGCCUGCCCUUCGUGGUCAUGGCGUUCUGCUACAGCGUCAUCGUCGCCACGCUGCUAAAGACCCGCAGCUUUGAGAAGCACAAGGCCAUGCGCGUCAUCCUGGUGGUGGUGGUGGCGUUCGUGGUGUCGCAGCUGCCCUACAACGCCAUGCUGGUGAUAGAGGCGGCGCAGGCCUCCAACAUGACCAUCACCGACUGCGAGGAGAGGAAGACCUACGACAAGGUGGAGCAGGUUCUGAAGAGCCUGGCCUACCUGCACGCCUGCCUCAACCCGUUCCUCUACGUCUUUGUCGGUGUCCGUUUCCGCCGCGACGCCAUGCAGCUGCUGCGCCGCUGCCGACCUCUGACCUCCAAGACUCAGCUGAGUAAGUCAAGGAGUCCGCUGAGCUCCACCAGGAUGUCGGUGAUGUCUGACAGCGACACCUCGCAGGCUCUGUCUCUGUAGACACGCCCACAGCUGGAGCUCCGCCUCUUCAUCUUUGAGCUGCUUCCUCUGAGACCUCGUCAUUGUGGAGAUGAAACAUUUCAUCUCCUCGUGUCCUGCUCCGAUGACUUUUCUCAGGACUGAAUGUGAAACUCUCUUUUCAACAUGAUAUGUGAAUUAGCUGCUGAGUUGGUCAUGUGACCUGUGUGUACCUGAGCCACCACUGCUAACAGAUGCUAACAGAUGCUAACAGAUGCUGCUGUACAGGCUCCUGUGUUCCUGUAAAUACUGCCUUUGUCUGGCUGAGAGUUGUUUGUGAAGAUUAAAGUUUGUCGCGUGAAAAACAA